AAGAGUUUGCAGACGGAGCCUUAGCAGCUGCCUCGGUCGGGUCCUCAGAGGGUCCUCAGAGCUACUGCUACCGCGGCCCACCACCAGCGGCAUGUCCUCUGCUCACUUCAACCGGGGCCCCGCCUAUGGCUUGUCGGCUGAGGUCAAGAACAAGCUGGCCCAGAAGUAUGACCACCAGCGGGAGCAGGAGCUUCGAGAGUGGAUCGAGGGGGUGACAGGGCGCCGCAUUGGGAACAACUUCAUGGAUGGCCUCAAAGAUGGCAUCAUUCUUUGCGAGUUCAUCAAUAAGCUCCAGCCAGGCUCCGUGAAGAAGGUCAAUGAGUCGACCCAAAAUUGGCACCAGCUGGAAAACAUCGGCAACUUCAUCAAGGCCAUCACCAAGUAUGGGGUGAAGCCCCACGACAUUUUUGAGGCCAACGACCUGUUUGAGAACACCAACCACACCCAGGUGCAGUCCACCCUCCUGGCCCUGGCCAGCAUGGCCAAGACGAAAGGGAGUAAGGUGAACGUAGGGGUGAAGUAUGCAGAGAAGCAGGAACGGAAAUUUGAGCCAGAGAAGCUAAGAGAAGGGCGGAACAUCAUCGGGCUGCAGAUGGGCACCAACAAGUUUGCCAGCCAGCAGGGCAUGACGGCCUAUGGCACCCGGCGUCACCUCUACGACCCCAAGCUGGGCACGGACCAGCCCCUGGACCAGGCCACCAUCAGCCUGCAGAUGGGCACCAACAAGGGAGCCAGCCAGGCCGGCAUGACUGCACCCGGGACCAAGCGACAGAUCUUCGAGCCAGGGCUGGGCAUGGAGCACUGUGACACACUCAACGUCAGCCUGCAGAUGGGCAGCAACAAGGGGGCCUCACAGAGGGGCAUGACAGUGUAUGGGCUGCCGCGCCAGGUCUAUGACCCCAAGUACUGCCUGACGCCCGAGUACCCGGAGCUGGGCGAGCCCGCCCACAACCACCACGCGCACAACUACUACAACUCUGCCUAGGGCCCUGGGCCCCCCCCCCGCCUUCCCCCCCCCCCGGAGGCUAGCUGCUGCUCUCGGCAUGGCCGAGCUGGCCCCGCCGACCCCCUCCCCCUGCAUGGCGUCCUCCAGCCCCCUGGCACCUGCCUACAGGGUUAGCGUUGGGGGGGGGCAGACUGGGGGGGGGCGUGUGUAUCAGGGGGAAGGGGGCCCUCCUCCCUGGAGCGCCGCAGGAUCCAACAUCGAGCCGGGUGUGCCCAACAGCACCCAAAGGACGCACUGAGCAAAGCUACCCCAGCUGUCCCCCACUCCCUCACAGGUGGGUCCCCGCAGGGCAAGAAGUCCCCCCCAGCAAAGCCCCCAGAGCCCAGGCUCGGCCCGCCCCCACCCCAUCCCCGCAGUGGGAGCAAACUGCAUGCCCAGAGGCGCAGCGGACACACGCGGUUUGGUUUGCAGCGACUGGCAUAAAAUGUGGAUGUGACAGCGGCGUUUGUAAUGCAAGCACUUUCUUUUUCUAUUUCACUGGAGCACAAUAAA